AUGAAAUAUUUUAUUUUUAUUGCUUUGGUGACUAUAAAUUGCUAUGAAAUUAGCUUAAAUGAAGUAUUAGACUGUGUUGCUAAAAAUUGUGAUAAUGUAAUUAGAACUAAAAAUAAAUAAGGAAAAUUUAAAGUGCAUUGAAGAUUCUACCUGUAAUCAAGCAUUGAAAGAUUUUAAUGAAUGUUUUUCAGCUAAUUAAUAAAAUGCCACUUAUCCCUUUUAAGAAUGUAAAGGAGUUUCAAAUCUUGAGUAUGCAAAACUGAUGGCAUGUUAUGAAAAUUGUGAUUACAAUUUAAUACUAUCAGAGAUUACAUUUGCAAUGACUAUUUUCAUAUUAUAAUUGAUUAAUUGA